AGAGAAAACCGCAUCAGUUAACAAGAGAGACUUAGCGCGAGAGGUUCGAAUGAGUCUGAGCGAUUGCCUUUUCGAUUCGAUCGUUAAACUAAUAAACGUCAUUAAAGUAAUUAAGAAACAAUUCACAAAGAACAGUAUUUCUCAAAGAAGAAUCAACGCCUGCGAUCAGCAAUCAACAAAUUCGAAAAUAAAAGUGCAUCAGACUGUGAUUGUGAACGUGCCGUGAAAUAAAAAUUAAAUCUUCUAAAUUAACUACCAAAUUCAACAAAUUGUCAAUUCAAGUAAAAUUAGAACAAUUAAAUAGUGGAAGCCUGAAAGUUGCAAACACUUCCACUGCAUUAUUUUCCAGAAUAUUCUGAUUAUGAACUCUGAAGUACUUUGGUUCUUUACUGUAUGAAUUCACAAGAUUUGUUCUCCCUGUGCAAUCGAAAAAACGUGAUUUUUGUGUUUUUGAUCCUGGCAGCUUUCUACGUUCACUUUUACUUGCAACCACCAAAACCAAAUAUUAGUAAAAGAUUGUACUUCUGAAGAUUUUUUUUAGGACUUCUUGCAAUUUGUGAAUUACUCCCAGAAGGGUGACAAGAAGGGAUUAAGUGAUUGGAGGAACUAUGGUUCUCUGAUCUCGGAUUACAGUAAGAAUGAGGAAAGUGACUUAUGUUAUCUUAUCCUUAACUGCACUCGAUUUAUGUGCCCUCUUCAAUUUUGCCGAGUCGACAGAACUUGCCGGUUCGAAGAAUGUCAACGAUCGACAACAUCGGAAUCAUCAACCGGCAGUGUUCGAUUCACUGGAAGUAGAAUACUCAGAAGAUGAAGAGUACACGAACCAAGAAUCGAACCAUCCUGGUGAAUCAAUCGGGAGGUGGAGAAGUAACGGAAAGGCCCUGGAACCAAAAUGGCGAGAUGGAGAUUCCGUUCCCCUAGUCCCUUUUCAAAGCGCAACAGUCAAAAACAAAUCAUCAAAUGUAAAAAAUCAAUCUUCAAUCGAAGUUGAUGAAGAUAAAGAUGAAAAAACUUUCAUCAACAAUCGUCACUCAACUCACUGGAUGUCGCAAAGCGAAGAAAAAGAGAUCAUAAUCACAGACAAGUAUGAUUUCAACAAAAGACAUAAGCCCGAUAACAAAAAUGACUAUCAAGGCUUUCGAAGUCCGGAAUUAAGACUUUCCAGAAGAAGAAAACCACCUCAACUAGAAGACGAAGUUAUUUACCACCCUUCCGAAAAAUCUUCUAGCAGCUCCGAGGAUUUUCAAGAAGAAAAUAAUGCAAGAAAUAAAAAGGAAAGUAAAAUUCCUACUCUCUCUUAUGAUAACAACGAAUAUCUUGAGAGAGUUGCUUUGAGGUAUCGAGAAACGUUCCAAAAUCAUCCCAACGAAUACGAAUUGAAUGAUGAGGAAUACCAAAGACCUCGGCCCAGAAAACGAAGACCACCUCAAAAUUACGAAUUUUCUGAAGUGAAAACUUCCCCUCUUUCGUCAACUGAUAAAAUUACUUCUUCACCAACUUAUUCCACCAUUAAGUCCCAAAGGAGACAAGAAGCUACUCGACGCAAUAACCUGACAAGAACCAAUCACAACAGGACGACUAUCAAGACUGAUUCUGAAAAACCUUCCGAGAAUUCCGAACUUAAAUCUCUUUUGAAAAUGCAACAAGUUGAAGGUGUAAGUCUUUCAGAAACCUUGCAAAGGAGGAACCUAACGUUGUCUGAUCUUCUACAGGGUAAAGCAGAUAUCAUCAAUUUAUUAAAAUCCACUCACGAGGACAAUGAGUCUGAAGAAGAAUUAAAUGCAAGAGUAAAGGCUGUAGAGGUGUUGAAGAUAUCUGCGUCUUCCACAAGUGGUACUUCUUCUACCACUCAGCGGACACCCUGGCUUCCAGCAAAAAUUCUUGGGAAUCCGGUUGAUCCAUUUUCCAAUUUCAGAGCUGCCAGCACCCAAGCUUAUCAAAAAGUUUUGCCAACUCAGGAAGAAAGAAAGGACAGAAUCCGUCCAACGGAAUCGAUGAAUGCCGUGAAAAUGCCAAUCUCUUCCGAAAAUCCUAUUGUCGUAACUACCACAGAAAGUGUAAACAUCCAAGACAAAGAAAGAGUUAAAAUCACUUAUGAUGAGGACGAAAUCAUGGAGUUUUCCGACUUUACUAUGAAGAACUCAAAAACUUCGACUAUCCCCAAUAAUUCCGAAAAAAAAGAAACUACUCAGCCUUCGAUUUCUGAAGCUGACAAAUUUAAUCGAGAUUCGGAAUCUACCUUGAGUAUUGAACACAUUCUCAGUUCUACGAAACAACCUUCUCUCACUGAAAAUGAAUCUGCAAUAGAUACAUUUUGGGAACAAUCAAGAGAGAGAAUUCGAUUUGAAAAUAAGAUACCACAUUCGGGACAAGAAGAUGAUCAUAUAAGUAGUACGGAGAUGAGCUCAUUUGAUUUUGAAUACCAAAAUGACGGACCACAUGACACUUCUCAUAAAAUUGCUUACCAGAAAAAUGAAGAAACUCAUGAAGAAGAACCGAAUUCUAAAGAAUUGACUCCCAAAAACUCACAAACUUCAGAUUUUCCACAAAAUCAUAAAACGUACCUGAAUCAUAAAAACGAUCAAAUUUAUUUGGAAAUGGAACCGGAUGCCCGGGCCGAGAUUCUAGAACUCUUCGAUUCUGGCUCAUCUGCGAAUAAAUUGGAAAGUCUUUUGAGAGCUAGGAAUAUGAGUUUAGACGAUUUGAUAGCUUUGAGACAAAGAGGAUCGAGUCAACUUCACUUGGCAGAAGUUGCUCAAAUCCGAGAUAAUAGUUUCAGAUCAUCAGCUCCUAAAGAUGAACAAAAUCAAGAUUUUCAAGAAAAGAAGGAAGAUGCAAAGAUUGUCAAGUCAGAUUGUACUUUACCCCCCGUUGUAAAAGAAUUAGUGGAAUGGAUUAAACAGAAAGAACCGACAAAAGAAACUCCUAAGGAAAUUCUCCAUAUAAAGGAAUUUGAAACUCUUCCUCCAAACUGGUUUGAUCAAUUUGGAUAUCCUCAAAUCGAGCAACGGUCAAAGGAGCAAGAGUUAGAAGAAUUUAAUGCAGAGAAGUUUAGAGAAAGAGGAACUGAUGUCAAUCCCGAGUCAAGUAAUCAACCUGACAACUUAAUAGAUGCUUUAAACUUUGAUUCCUCCGAGCAUUUCAAAAAUCGACAAAACCCUGAAGAAAUUUUGUUUUACACGAGUGAGGUGCCACCUUCAAACUUGCCAGAGAGAAGAAACAAUUCGAUGAUUUCUAUCGAGAAUGUUCGCGUUCAAGAGAUCGAGAGCGAUAUUUCGGGCACCUUCAACAAUAUUUACAGGUUGAAUGCCGAUGAAGGGAAAAGUGAAGAAAGGAAUUCGAUCUCGAGAGUUAGACCGAGUAUAAUUGCGAGUGGUGCAAUUCUUGGUGCUACGAUUGUCGGUUUCUUAGGCAUCUUUAUUGCUUGUAGAAUACGACAGAAACAAAAGUACACGUACAGGAAUACUUUUUCACGUGCGGUUUUUCAAAGUCCAAUUUUGACGACAAGAAAGUUAUCUAAUUCUAGUAGUUUAAAUACCAUUAUGGUUAAUGUUGUUGCCACCUCAACGACAAAGAGGCCAGAAAAAACAGGUUCUCCCGAAACUGAUGACGAUUAUGACCAUAAAAGUGACAUUGAAAAUGAUUCGCUUGAUGCGAAUGAUAGUUGGGAGACCAUACCCGACUUCAUGAAAUAACAUUUGAUAAAAGCCUUUUUAAAAUCGUCCCAUAUUCAACUUCUUCAAAUUUUUUAUUAUUUGAAGGAGAUUUUAAAAUUCAGAGACAUUGGUAAAAGGUUAUUGCUUUCAAAUUAAAGUUGUAGUUUUGAUAUUUUUGCGAGGAAAAUUAUAAAAACUGCAUUUAAUUUGUCUCCAUCCAAAGAGAAUUAGAUUAACCAUCUUUGUUUUUAUAUCCUGAAACUGAUAAGAAUAGAUAUUUUCUCUUUGUUGUAUUAUUUAGUAAGAUUGUAAUAAUUUUCUGUUAUCUGUACAAAUUUCUUUUUGAGAAAAUCGAACCAAAUCGCGCCUGCAAUAUCGGAAAUUAUAAAUAUUGCAUGCCUAGAGUAGAAAACAUUUAAACACUGUAAUUUCUGCGAGUACAGAAAAAUUUGACUGUAGUUUAACUACACUUCUUUUAAGAAAAGUUGACAAACAUCGUCGAAGUGGAAUCUUCACUGGAUUUAAAAAUUGGAAUUCUACUUUCUUUCAGGCUCUCUUUUAAGAAUAUUCCACUUUUACUUUGGAUUUCAAAGAUACUUGUAGUUAUUUAAGGCUAAAAUAGUUGUUUUUUAUUGAUAAGACAUCUAAUCAUUUUUAGAAGUAAGAGUUCCUUAUUUUAAGAGACUGUAUUUAUUUUUACGAUGUAAUGCGAUAU